AUGGUUUCCGCAAGCCUGAUUGUCUACCUGGGAAUGAUGGUGGGUGCCUUCCUGUGGGGCGGCCUGGCAGACCGGCUGGGGCGCAGGCAGUGCCUGCUGAUGUCACUCUCGGUCAACAGCGUCUUUGCCUUCUUCUCCUCCUUCGUGCAGGGCUACGGCACUUUCCUCUUCUGCCGGCUGCUCUCUGGUGUGGGCAUUGGGGGGUCCAUCCCCAUCGUUUUCUCCUACUACUCGGAGUUCCUGGCCCAGGAGAAGCGCGGCGAGCACCUCAGCUGGCUCUGCAUGUUCUGGAUGAUUGGCGGCAUCUACGCCUCUGCCAUGGCCUGGGCCAUCAUCCCCCAUUACGGGUGGAGCUUCCAAAUGGGAUCCGCCUACCAGUUCCACAGCUGGCGCGUCUUCGUCUUGGUCUGUGCCUUUCCGUCGGUCUUUGCCAUCGGGGCCCUCACCACCAUGCCGGAGAGCCCCCGCUUCUUCCUGGAAAACGGCAAGCAUGACGAGGCCUGGAUGGUUCUGAAGCAGGUCCAUGACACCAACAUGAGGGCAAAAGGCCACCCUGAACGGGUCUUCUCGGUGACCCACAUCAAGACAAUCAAACAGGAGGACGAAUUGGUCGAGAUCCAGUCGGACACAGGGACCUGGUACCGGCGCUGGAUGGUCCGCUUCCUGAAUCUUUCUCAGCAGGUCUGGGCAAACUUCCACCAGUGCUUUGCUCCCGAGUAUCGUCGGGUCACGUUGAUGAUGAUGGCGGUCUGGUUCACCAUGUCCUUCAGCUACUACGGCCUGACCGUCUGGUUCCCAGACAUGAUUAAGCACCUCCAGAAUGUGGAAUAUGCCUCCCGCACGAAGGUCUUUAACAACGAGACGUUCAGACACAUCACCUUCAACUUCACCCUGGAGAACCAGAUCCACCGCCGGGGGGAAUACUUCAAUGACAAGUUUAUUGGCCUCAAGAUGAAGUCGGUCACCUUCAUUGACUCUUUGUUUGAAGAGUGCUACUUUGAGGACGUCACGUCGAGCAAUACUUUCUUCAGGAACUGCACUUUUCUGGCCACCGUCUUCUACAACACAGACCUCUUUGAGUACAAGUUCAUCGACAGCCGGAUCGUCAACAGCACCUUCCUGCACAACAAAGAAGGGUGCCAGCUGGAUUUCAGUGACGACAACAACGCUUACAUGAUCUACUUUGUCAGCUUCCUGGGCACCCUGGCGGUGCUGCCAGGCAACAUUGUCUCUGCGCUCCUGAUGGACAAGAUCGGGCGUCUUCGCAUGUUGGCCGGCUCGAGCGUCAUGUCUUGCAUCAGCUGCUUCUUUUUGUCCUUCGGCAAAAGCGAGUCAGCCAUGAUUGCCCUCCUUUGCUUGUUUGGCGGGGUCAGCAUUGCCUCCUGGAACGCCCUAGAUGUCCUCACGGUGGAGCUGUACCCUUCGGACAGAAGGACCACCGCGUUUGGCUUCCUCAAUGCUCUCUGCAAGCUGGCGGCGGUUUUGGGCAUCAGCAUCUUCACGUCGUUUGUGGGCAUCACAAAAGCCGUGCCCAUUUUACUGGCAUCAGCGGCCCUGGCUGUGGGCAGCUCUCUGGCCCUGAAGCUGCCGGAGACCAGGGGGCAGGUGCUGCAAUGA